GCACGUCCAUGACUCUAUAAAUACCCAGUAUCCCUUCAUUUGCUUGUCCAUCGAAACCAAGGGAAUAAAGGAAACCAUUUGUAAUUGGCACAGCUUCUCAAUGGCUAGCAGAGAGGUUGGUGUUAAUGUGUUAGGGCCAUGGGGUGGAUCUGGUGGGAGUGCAUGGUCGUUUGAGAAUGCUCUGGCAAUCACCAAAAUCAAAAUUAGCGUGGGGGAUGUCAUUGAUUCACUUACCUUUCAGUAUAUGGAUGGCACAACAGCCCGCUGGUCCCCUAGAUAUGGCGGUACCGGAGGCCAGCCUACAGAGAUUGAGCUUGGACCAGCCGAGUUCAUCAUCUCCAUUAAGGGCUAUUACGGUCCAUACGUACGAAAGACAAUGAUAUACUCACUCACUUUUGUUACCACCAUUCGUGAGUAUGGCCCUUAUGGCCAAGAGAAAGGAACUCAAUUUUUUGUUCCGAAAGGUACAGGUUUGAUCAGCGGCUUCUUCGGGCGUUCGGGUGACCAACUUGAUGCAAUUGGGGUCUACAUCAAAACACUUAUUCAGUCUCCUGUUGCGGUAGGGCCAUGGGGUGGAUCUGGUGGGACUGCAUGGUCAUUUGAGACUGCUUGGACGAUCACCAAAAUCAAAAUCAGUGUAGGGGAUGUUGUUGAUUCAAUUACCUUCCAGUAUAUGGAUGGCGAGACAACCCGCUGGUCCUCUAGGUACGGGGGUGCCGGUGGCAAGCCAACAGAGAUUGAUCUUGGAACCAACAAUAACCUUGAGGCUAUAUCCGGCCACUAUGGCAAUUAUUAUGGCAAGACCGUCAUAAAAUCACUUACAUUUGUGACCACCACGGGCACCUAUGGGCCAUAUGGUCCGGAGGAAGGAACUACUUUCUCCCUUCCUGUGAAAGCUGGAAAAGUUGUUGGCUUUUUCGGACGUGCAGGUCAAUGGCUUGAUGCUCUUGGGUUCUACUUGAAGCCCACUUCGGCCUAGUUAUUCUAAAUCAGCUAUGGAGCUCUACUUAUAUAUCGUCGCAUUGUAAUGAAUAAUGGAGAUGCUCUCUCCAAGCUCUAUUUGUGGUUGUCUUGUUGAUCUAUACUACCAACUAUGUAUGCUUGCUUAUGAUCUAUCCCUUCGUAAUAAAUGGAGAUGUUAAGAACUGAUCUCUUUGUUAUUAUCCUAUUAAUCACUUCCGUAUGGAC